AUGGCUCCAUCAACACGACGUUCCAGUCGACAAAUGUCAGCCAACAACCCUACACACACAACUAGGCCAAGAAGGCAUCGAACAAGCAAGUCAGAUAGCAAUCCAUAUGCGUCGUCAGCUGCACGACAGGCCAGGACUGCAAUCGCGCCAGGAGCCUCUGCACGGCAGAAGAGAAAGACAGUUGCUACAAAUUUGCCUGAGGACGCAGACCAAAUAACAGAGGAUGUCCCCAAAUGCUACCUGGAGAGCCUGCCAGAUGAAAUCCUUCUACGUAUAUUGUCACUUGUCCCGGGUUACCCCUUCCAAAAGCGAAAAGCCUACUACAACAUGUCACUGACUAGCCGCCGACUCAACCGUACAGCGAACAACUUUCUCUAUGAGUGGUUCAACGGUCGCCUGAGUCCAGGCCGCUCAGCAAGAUUUUUGAAGACAUUGUUCGCAAAUCCUGAACUUGCUCGCUUUGUCAAGAAUAUCACGUGGCAAUUGAAUACACCUAUCAGCCAUUCAAUAGUAACAGCAGCUCCGCCCCAACCUACUUCCGCAGACUGUCGGGCUCUACGCGAAAGUCUAAAAGCCCUAGGUGUGACUGAUCGCUCAGCAUGGGUCAAAGACUUCUCAUCAGGGCAAUCGCCAGAUCUGCUCAGGUUAGCUAUGCUGCACGCUCAAAACCUUCACACUCUCUGCAUUGAGGAUGACACCCCAAACUCAUACUAUGCUCAAUUUUAUCCAUCACGCAUAGAUUACACGCCAAAAAUCAUCACCAUGUUGACCAACGGCUUGACCGACCGUCCCUUGUACGCGCAAAGAUUCGAACACCUGCGCAUCCUACGUCUACGACUAGCUGGCAUGACUCUUGAGCAAAUCUAUCCCGUUCUUCGUCUACCUAUGCUCGAAGAGUUGCUGCUCCAGGAAGUGCAUACGUGCCCCAUCACGUUCGACAAAAUUGAAACCGAUACCCGAUUCUCAUCCGUUUCUCGUCUGAUAAUCUUGCAUAGCUUCAUCGCCAGCUCAAGCCUUGCCAUUCUGAUGAAUGCAUGUCGUAGCUUGACACAUCUCCAUUUCGUGUACACAGCAACAGCCCACGCAUGGGGUACUCACACGCAUCAAGUGAAUUACACCACACUUUACAAUGCAUUAAAACAGCACAAGGAUACCCUUUGUUUAUUUGAUUUUGAUGACAACGCCAACAGGGAGCCGAACACUGUUUUCUACCCUCGAGGGCGUUUCAGCUCCUUUAAAGAAUUUCCUGAAUUGACCACUCUCGCUGCGCCCUUCGAAGCAUUUCCGGAGCGUGCUCUGGAUCCGGAAGGCGACGAUAGUGGUUCCGACUCUGAUAUCAAUAACCUUUCCAUACAUGAAGACAUCGAGGUCAAUUUUCCUUUGCUUCUACCUCCGGCACUAGAGCGACUAGCUCUGACUGUCUUCGAGGAAGAGCAACACACAGACAGAUGUUCAGACUCACUGUACGACCUCUCACUCUCAGUUGAGAAGGAUUUCCCAGACCUAGAGGAGAUCAUCGUGCGCGUCCACCGUUCGGUCGACAUCAGGGGCGUCGACUUCUACUCCCCGAAAUGGUCUUUUCGAAACCAGAAUGUGUGCUUCGACGUCCUGCAGGAAGGCAUCGCCGAGUCGGACAUGAUCCACACCGAGGACGAAGAAGACUACGGGUCACCCGACAGUCAGGAACUCGAGGAGCCGAGCCACCCUGUCUUUGAAUUCAACGAAACAGCGCUUAUCCAUGCUCUCGCUGCUCAACCCGCGGUCAUGGACGCUUUAGAACAGCUCUUAGCUCAGCAGUCUACAGUGCCCGAGGCUGGUGCGACGACUGCAGAUGGGCCGAAUGGGAAUGCCGCGGCAGACCAGUGA